AUGUCAGCCAGAAAGGGCUAUCUGCUCCCUUCGCCAAAUUAUCCCACAACAAUGUCAUGCUCGGAGAGCCCCGCCGCGAACUCUUUUUUGGUCGACUCGCUCAUCAGCUCCGGCAGAGUCGAGGCUGGCGGCGGUGGCGGCGGCGCGGGGGGCGGCGGCGGCGGCUACUUCGCCCACGGCGGGGUCUACCUGCCGCCGGCCGCCGACCUGCCCUACGGGCUGCAGAGCUGCGGGCUCUUCCCGGCUCUGGGAGGCAAGCGCAAUGAGGCGGCGUCGCCAGGCGGCAGCGGCGGCGGCGGCGGCAGCGGGGCCCUGGGUCCCGGGGCGCACAGCUACGCACCCGCGCCUAUAGACCUAUGGCUGGAUGCGCCCCGGUCUUGCCGGAUGGAGCCACCCGAGGGGCCGCCGCCACCGCAGCAACCCCAGCAACAGCCGCCACCGCCCCCGCCGCAACCACCCCAACCCCCUCCGCAGGCCACUUCGUGCUCUUUCGCGCAGAACAUCAAAGAGGAGAGCUCCUACUGCCUCUACGACUCAGCGGACAAAUGCCCCAAAGGCUCGGCCGCCGCUGCCGAGCUCACCCCUUUCCCGAGGGGCCCGCCACCCGACGGUUGCGCCCUGGGCACCUCCAGCGGGGUGCCAGUGCCCGGCUACUUCCGCCUCUCUCAGGCCUAUGGCACGGCCAAGGGCUACGGCAGCAGCGGCGGCGGCGGGGCGCAGCAUCUCGGCGCCGGUCCGUUCCCCUCCCAGCCCCCUGGGCGCGGCUUCGACCCGCCACCCGUGCUCGCCUCCGGCUCGGCGGAUGCAGCCCGGAAGGAGCGAGCCCUCGAUUCGCCGCCGCCCCCCACGCUGACUUGCGGUGGUGGCGGCGGGGGCUCGCAGGGCGACGAGGAGGCGCACGCGUCGUCCUCGGCCGCCGAGGAGCUCUCCCCGGCCCCUUCCGAGAGCAGCAAAGCCUCGCCGGAGAAGGACUCCCGGGGCAAUACCAAAGGCGAAAACGCAGCCAACUGGCUCACUGCAAAGAGCGGCCGGAAGAAGCGUUGCCCCUACACGAAGCACCAGACGCUGGAGCUGGAGAAGGAGUUUCUGUUCAACAUGUACCUUACUCGAGAGCGGCGCCUAGAGAUCAGCCGCAGCGUCCACCUCACGGACAGACAAGUUAAAAUCUGGUUUCAGAACCGCAGGAUGAAACUGAAGAAAAUGAACCGAGAAAACCGGAUCCGGGAGCUCACAGCCAACUUUAAUUUUUCCUGAUGAAGCUCCAGGCAACGCCGUUUUCUGUUUUUGUUUUUGUUUUGUUUUGUUUUUCCGCUUCCAGA